AUGGCAAAGCAACGUCGUGGUGUCAAGUUCAACCACCGAAAUGGACACACAUCAGGCGCGGAUGGGCGGAGGAGCAGUUUCUCGGAUAUCAGCGAGGGCACCUCAGAACCAGGCUCCCCCACGAGACCGGGAGGUAUCGAUGGCGUAACAGAUAGUACAGAGUUCUGGCUGAUCCGUUCAUCCAAGGCGCAGCCACCAUCGGAAUACGAAAAGAAAAAGCAGACCUUCAUCACGCGAACUCUAUGGACCUUGAUCAUGAUCGGCGGCUUCUUCGGUGCUAUGUUCAUGGGGCAUGUCUACAUUAUCAUGAUCAUCACCGCCCUACAAAUCGUGUCGUUCAAGGAGGUUAUUGCCAUAGCCAAUGUCCCCAGUCGAGCACGGCGACUACGCUUUACCAAGGCUUUGAAUUGGUAUUGGCUGGCAACCACCAUGUACUUCCUCUACGGCGAGAGCGUUAUUUAUUACUUCAAACAUAUUGUGCUGGUGGACAAGGUCCUCCUACCUUUUGCGACUCAUCAUCGAUUUAUCAGCUUCAUGCUCUAUGUUAUUGGUUUCGUCUUCUUCGUCGCAUCUCUGGAAGCUGGGCAUUACCGAUUUCAAUUUACACAGUUCGCAUGGACACACAUGGCGCUAUACCUCAUUGUAGUACAGGCACAUUUCAUCAUGAAUAACGUGUUUGAAGGAAUGAUCUGGUUCUUCCUGCCCGUUUCUCUGGUUAUAUGCAACGACAUCUUCGCAUACAUUGUUGGAAUCACAGUUGGAAAAACCCAGCUAAUCAAGCUCUCGCCAAAGAAGACUGUUGAAGGUUUCGUCGGAGCUUGGAUUUUCACCGUCAUCUUUGGAAUUGGUAUGACUAAUGUGCUCAUGCGUUACAAGUACUUCAUCUGCCCUGUCAACGACCUUGGUGCAAAUAUCUGGACCGGUCUUGAGUGUACGCCCAACCCAGUUUUCUCUCCUCAUGUCUACCACCUGCCAAUCUGGUUUCCCUAUUUUAAAUCAUUCAUGAUGGCGCCUAUACAAAUUCACAUCCUAAUAUUCGCAACUUUCGCCUCCCUUAUCGCCCCAUUCGGUGGUUUUUUCGCAUCUGGUCUCAAGCGCACUUUCAAGAUCAAAGAUUUCGGCGAUUCUAUUCCUGGGCACGGUGGUAUUACCGACCGCAUGGAUUGUCAAUUUAUCAUGGGAUUCUUUGCCUAUAUGUACUAUCACAGCUUCAUCGCGUUGUACAAAGUGUCACUUGGAGGUGUCAUUCAUACAGCCAUCAUAGGCCUUACCCCUGAUGAGCAGAUGGAGCUGGUGAAAGGUAUUAGCAAGCAUCUUGUGAAUCAAGGUGUAAUUGCAGAAGGAGUUUUGGAUUGCAUAACUGGUACAGUCCGGAGGAGAUGA